AAUAUCCCAAAAUUCGGAAACAGAAGCAUUCUUUUAGGGUCGAAUGAAGCUUCAUUAUGGACGUUCGUUGAAUGGACCAACUCCGCAGCUUACAUUUCGAAGCCUGUCGAUUGGUUCGUUCUAAUUAUAUCAAAGAGCACUGACCCUUACCUAAUCUGCGAUUCUAAAAGGUUUACCCCUGGAUAUUAUGACCCUGUGCACUACUCCAUGGGGAUCGUCAUUUUGACUCUAAUGAGCUCUGAUCACGAUGCGUUCUCUGCUGCGGUUGACGUCUGCGAUCCUAUCCCGUUGGA